AUGCGCCGGCCUACUUCCUUAGGAGCCUGCCUCGCAAGCACACUUUUGCUUGUGCGACAUGCGAGCUCUGCGCCUCAGCUUGUGUUCCCGAUCAACGCCCAGGUGCCUCCCGUAGCUUACGCUUCCCGACCAUAUCAAUUCUCGUUUGCGGAUACCACGUUCCAUUCAGACAGCUCGUCGAUAUCAUACAACAUUGGCAGCGCACCAGAAUGGCUGUCUCUCGACCCGAAUACACGAACGCUCGAAGGUACCCCGGGAACUUCAGAUGUCGGCGCCGUUACUUUCCAAGUCACCGCGAGCGAUAAUACUGGCCAGACAUCCGCAAGUGUCACACUUGUGGUAGCAGACGGCUCAAGUCUCAGCACGGGCGUGUCGAUUACAUCCUCUUUACGCGCUGCUGGUCAAGUACAGGAACCUUCAACACUCUACCUCAAUCCAUUGACAUCGUUCGCCAUUCUAUUUCCGCCACAGCUAUUUGCCGGCACCUCGUCGUCAACAGUCUACUACGCAGUCACAGAAGAUGACUCGCCUCUUCCACCAUGGAUUCAAUUCGAUGCGCAGGUAUUGCGUGUAUCUGGUUCCACGCCCCCAAUCAUAAAUGCAAGUGCGCAGCAGCAAAGCUACGGCGUCAAGCUCGUGGCCAGUAAUGUCCCAGGCUUUGCCGAGGCUGCCGUUGUAUUCAAUAUCAUUGUCGCUAACAGGAUAUUCGCUUUCCAGUCAGCCUCAGAAACCGUGAAUGUGACGAGCGGCCAAGAAUUUCAAUCCGACACAUUUCGUGAUAUCUUGUAUCUUGACGGGAAGCCAAUCAGCUCAGCAGACUUUCUGGGCGCUCAAGCGAGCUUACCGUCCUGGAUGAAGUUGGAUGAAGAGAGCAUUAUUCUCAGUGGAACAGUUCCAGAGGACUUUUCGGCACAGACUGUCACGAUUACCGCGCAAGAUAGGUCGAACGAUGAGGCAACUUUGGCCGUGACCAUACAGCCAGCUUCUACCGGUACACCAGAAGUCGCUCUCAACAUUACGGCAUAUCCGGGAGAGUACCUCGACUACGAGAUCCCGGAAUCGAUUACCGACGCAGCAGACGAGGUGACGGCCAGUAUAAACACUGCGGCACCUUGGCUAGUCUUCUCAAGCGAUAACUUGACAUUCCAUGGCCAAGUGCCAAACGAUUUGGGCCAGCGCGUGUUGAGCUCGUCAUUAACGGUGGUGAAAGGUGUCUCACGGACUACGUAUCCAGUCCAGAUACUCGUGGGAGCCGCCAUUGGGUCUACACCAACUCGGCCUGGUCCAUCAUCUACAGGAUCUUCUGAUAUAGCUACGUCUACACCUGCCGGGGGUAAUCAAGCCGACAACAGCCCGCGCGUCAACCGGCGACAUAUCUUAGCGAUUGUCCUGACUACGGUCUUUUGUGUACUCGGAGUUGUACUAAUAAUUCUGCUGUGUUUGUGUUGGCGGAAGCGCAAGAACAAGAAACAAAAGGACAAAGAGGUGUCAGACGAUGAGCAAGCAACGUCUCGCAACAGUGCCGCGAGUUCAGAGUUUCAAGCCACCCCGUACGAUGGGAUUGACGAUGCCGAACCUCCGGCUGUGGUCAACAAGACAUCGAACCGGAGCAGCGCCAGAGAAAUGCUGCAAACCCCCGUAAAACCGCCGCAGGUUGAGCUACCAUGGGCGCCGGAUUCGCUGAAGCGGGCUAGAACAAGACUGCAGAAGCGCCAGAAGCCUCAAGCCCACGAGUCUUUUGAUUCAAACUGGGGCGACUUGAUGCUCACUCCUGCUGGGCAGAAAGGAUCCCCUAGCCUGGCCGCUGAGCCAGCUUCAGCUGAUCUCCUCACACUGCCUGUUGAUGAGCCCUCAACGUCGCCGAAGCGGAAGCGGAAUGAUGGACCUGCGCUGUUCCAGAGAAAAAGGGUCAGCAGAGAGCCCGCAGCGGCAUACCCUGAACGUACCAAUUCACAGGCAACCAGCCUACGUUCUGGAUUACCAUCCCGUCUAUCCGCGAUUGUUGGCGUUGGCCACGGCUCCAUCAUUCGCUCACCUUCUUCCUUGAAAUCGGACAAUCCAUUUCGUAUUUCGCAAGCUCCCACCCGCUCAUCCUGGGCUACAACGUAUGGAACCCUGAACGGCAGAGACAAUGCUCGCCCCUCUAUCGCAACCACAAAUCUUGAUCUCUUCCCUCUUCCGCCGUCGACUUCGGCCCAUGGGGAAGGACUCCCUGACGAUCAAAGUGAUGACGGGCUCCAUGGACCAUACGGUUCCAUGGCACAGCGCUCGGAUUCUAAGAUCGCCAACAAGCCCGCCAAAAGCCGAUCAGUUCGUGCUGUCCACACUCCUCAAGACCAUCCAUACAACCUGCCUGGACCACAAGAUACCGAAGCCUUCUACCAGGCGCGAAAAGACUGGUACAAUGAGCGCGCUCGCGCCGAGCUCGAAGGCCUGUCGCAUUUCUCGAAUUCCGGCAGCCGCACGCCAUCGAUCAGCCGCUUCAAACCUGGGACGUCGGCCAUCCGGCCCUCCAGCAGAUCCUUCAGCCCUGGCUACCCAUUCUCAAGCACCCGAAGCGGCACCUUCCCAAUUUUCGAGGCGAACGAAGACGGCAUGAUGGAGGGUCUCAGCACUCCUGCAGGAAACAUCUAUAUGCCCUCUUCGCCCCCAUCACCGAGCCAGCGGACUCGUGAGCCGCCUUCUUCUGCGAACUGGAAGCGCUUGAUGCCGGCGUCCUCGUCGGCCGCUGCCUUUGGACCAUGGGGCAUCCGGGCUGCGCCUUCUUCAGAUCAGCCAGACUAUGAUACCCCACUGCCGCAGCGGCAAGACCCUAGUAGACAUGAGCUUAUCCGUACGGUGUCCAUCUCCAGCGGGCAGUUUUCCAGCGCAGUGUCCUCCAGCUCCACCUCGCAGUGGGAGGACAUGGAACCGCGCGAAUCGCUUGCUGUGCAGAGACACAUGCCGACGCAAAUGCAUACACCCCCAGCUGUUGUGACGGUACCCAAACGCAUACCACUCCGGUCACUGCCGCAGACGACGGCGGCGUCAAGGAUGAGGCCGCCAAGCAGGCGUUCGCCCAGUGCAGGACGCGCCUCAUCAAAGGCCCGAAAUAGUGGCAGGAGCAGUGGUUAUGUCCACGGCUACGGCGGUUUGGGCAUAGGCGCGGGCGUCGAUAAAGAGAUGGACCGAGGCGGAAAGGCAGGAGCUAGCAUCGAGGAACAGACGGACAAAAUGCUAUACGAGCUGGGCAUGGAUGAAAGGGGGGAGCGACUACGGGACACGGCGAGCAGCUUUGGGGGCAACAGCGCGGUAGCGAGCCCGCGUCUGGGAGGGUGGCCACCAAUGCCAUUUAGUGGAGGCAGGGAGACGACAGGCGACGAGGGAGAAACGGAGACGGGGACAGGGACGGAGAGUGAAGGCUUUGUUGGUCGGGCGGUGGGGAGGAUGCUAGGCCGAGCGAGAGCGAGUGGAGGAGGAUUUGGAGGUUUGAGGCUCGGGGACAAUCGGAAACGCGUCGUCAGUGUUGAUAAUAAGGGUGACGGGCCACAGAGUCUGCGUGGGAAUGGUGACAGCAGUCGUCCUGACAGUGGAGGUGGGUCUGAGAACGAGCUACCCUGGGGCGGAAGGGAGAAAAGUCACAAGGGGAGCCUGCGGUUCAUCUGA